UAUGAGCGGAGAGCAACCCCCCUUGUGGAGCAGACGUGAUGCGCGGUGCACACAUAUAUCAAUCGACGUGUCACAAUUUUAUCAGUCAUUAAAGUGUUGUAUUUUUAUUUCGCAUUUUGUUUCAAAAACAAAUACUCCACUGGAUUAGAAGCUUCAAACGCUAUGAGACUGUUUUUAUUGCAAGCAUAUCUAUGAAAUAAGUAACAGAUUACAGAUGCUUGAGUAACAACGACUUUUUUUUACAGAAAAGUAUACAGAAACACAGUAACGAUGAUGGAUUAUGAAGAUGACUUCCUCUUUGAAGAAGACAAAAUUUUAUAUGUGCCUUUUUUUGCACUAUGCACGUGACAAUGCCACGGCUCGGUGGUAAAGGUUGAUGUGUGUAACUACUCCACUCAACAAACCACUUCAACUGUCAGAGUCGCUUGAAGGAGCAAGUCUAGUUGAUAUUUCUGUUUGUAAAUCCACCGUGCCUUUGGCUCACGUCGAAUCGCAUCAGUUAAACAUGAUGGAAGAUCGCAUGUACGCAUUGUUACUUUUAAGUUUAUCUAAAACUUAAAAAGAUAUUUUUCUCUUUGGUCUUUUUUGAAUUAUUUUUUAUUAUUGGCUGCUCUGGAAUUAUUAGUCCAGGUGUAGAACUGGUUUUUCAAGAUCAGUCUACCUGCCUAUCACAACACCACAUUGAUCAAAUGGGUAUGACUAUAACUUCUGGAAAUGUUGUUAUAGAGAAAGAUAACAGUAACCUUAUUGGAAUUAGUAUUGGUGGUGGGGCACCACUUUGCCCUUGUCUUUAUAUCGUUCAAGUUUUUGACAACACUCCAGCUGCACAAGAUGGAACACUGGAAGCAGGCGAUGAACUUGUUGCAGUUAAUGGUGAAUGUCUAAAAGGAAAGACUAAAGUGGAAGUAGCAAAAAUGAUACAAGCUUGUGACACCAAAGUAAGCAUUAUUUACAACAAACUUCAUGCAGAUGUACGUCAGGGACGCACUUUAGAGAUAGUUUUAAAAAAGGUGAAACACAGAUUAGUGGAAAGUAUGGGCAAUACAACAGCAGAUGCUUUGGGAUUAUCUAGAGCAAUUCUUUGUAAUGAUACACUUGUUCAGAGAUUAACAGCACUGGAAAGGACUGAAAAUCUGUAUAAAGGACUUGUAUCUCAUGCAAAAUCGGUUUUACAUGCCUUUUUUGAUCUCUUCCAAAUUUACAAAAUAUUUGGAGAUGCUUUUGCAUCAAUGGGUGUUAAAGAACCACAACCUCGAGCCAGUGAAGCAUUCACAAAAUUUGGUGAAGCACACAGGCAAAUGGAAAAAUUAGGAAUUGACAUGCUUAAAACGGUAAAACCAAUAUUAAGUGAUCUUGGGACUUAUCUGAACAAAGCAAUUCCAGAUACAAGAAUGACUAUUAGUAAAUACGCUGAUGCAAAAUUUGAAUAUCUCUCAUAUUGCUUGAAAGUCAAAGAAAUGGAUGAUGAGGAACAGAGUUAUCUUGCUAUUCAAGAACCAUUGUACAGAGUGGAAACGGGAAAUUAUGAAUAUCGUUUAGUUUUAAGAUGUAGACAAAAUGCAAGGACAAAAUUUGCAAAAUUAAGGUCAGAUGUCUUGGUGAAAUUGGAACUUCUUGACAACAAACAUGUUGAACACGUUGUUACACAACUGCAAAGAUUUGCUGCUGGAUUAGCAGAUUAUUAUGUGAAUAUUUCAAAACUUAUAUCUGAAAAUAUGCUUUUUCCUGUAGAAAUCGAUUUAUGUCAAAGUGCUUUUCAAUACAAACCCUCUGGACAAGUAACAGCUUACGUAGAUGAAGAGGAAGAAGAAGAAGGAGCUAGUGGUUUUGAUCCAAGUAAAAUAUUAGACUUUGAUGUUGCAGAAGAGGCAAUACCAACCAAGACUUGCAAUAAAAAUGCUAACUCAAGUACAGAAGCUGGGUCAAGUAAAGGUACAGAAUCCAAAGGUUUAUCAGAUCUGAGUGAUUUAGUAGAUCUAAGUGGAUUUUCAGAUUUAAAUGAGAAAUUUGAACAAUUACUACUGUUGGAUAAUAAAAAAAUAUCAGGAGUCGAGCCAUGCAUAUCCUUAGAAAAGAAAACAAAAAACAUAACUAAGACUAAGGAUGAAAAAAAUGAACCAUUGUUAUUUCUAGAUGACAAGCCUAAAGAUACAUCUUUGCUAGUUUUGGAAUCCAGUGAAAAAUCUGAAACUACAUCAAAAUCAAAUGCUUCUGAAUCCUUGCUAUUUUUAGAUACGCUCGACGAGCCAUUGAUUAACAUAGAAACAAAUUAAUAACUAAGUUUCUUGCAUUCCAUGUAAAUCUUAUGUGAGCAUGUGUGUUUGAUACUAUAUCUUGUAUUUUAUCUAAAAGUUUAAAACAUUGUAUUACAUUAUCUAAAAAUGAUCAUGUAAAUAAAUAUGUUUAUAAAUGUUAA